UUUUGGAACUUCAAGAAAGAUGACGUUGUAUAAAAUUAUUUUUGUUGUAUUUAGUACGUUAGUAGUAACUGGUAAAGUAAAUAGUGACCAACAUACAAGAGCAGAUAUUGAAUGGGAUGUCGUACAUCCACCCUUUGAUCCAAAUAUAUACGAGGAAAUUUUAGAUGCUGAGGAGUGUAAAAAGCAAAUAGAGUAUCUGACAUUAAACGACACGCUUCUGAUGAUGACAUUCCUCGAAGCUGGCCCAAGAGUUCCGAGAGGGAUUUUGCAAGGAAAUUUUAUUGAUCAGGGUAACUAUCAUCAAUGCCUUGGUAUUAACAGAAAAAUCGAUGAUAUGGUUAUUGAUGGGAAGUAUUGCCAAAUAAGCAUUGGGUUGUCAAGUCUUGUGAAAUUGGGAGGUACAGAUGAACUGAAAAACAUAUACAAAGCUGGUGACACUCUGCUGCAUGAAAUAAAUUUAUAUGAAAGAAUAAGGAAAAAUUUUGAAGUUCUAAAUGGGAUAGAAAGUGAAAAGACAAGUACGGGCGCUGGUGACUUUGGUGGUUUAAACUUUGGAGUAUCUGUUUGCAUACCAAAGCCUUGCUCCAUAAGACAGGCGUUACCAAAUCUCAUUAGAACUGGAUUGAUCGGUUUUGAGGAACAAUUUUGCCGAUUCAAAAAUGAUAAACCAUGGUCACCAGGGGUUUAUGUGGCUAUUUGCUUGUUCAGUUUACUAGGUGUACUGGCCAUUGGUGGUACAGUCUACGAUAUUUGGAAUACGCUUAUACGUAAACGUGAUCCCAAGGCAUUGAACAAAAUUAAUCUGGCGUUCUCAGUGCACAGAAAUUGUCGACGUCUUAUUACAUAUAAGCCAGCUCGCGGUGCUUUAGAAUGUGUCGACGGUAUCAGAGCCAUAACUAUGGCUUGGGUUGUAAUCGGGCACACAUUUACAACAACACCACAUAUGAUUAAUAUGCUGGACGUUUUUCAGUGGGUUUUAUCAUCAAGUUCGAUAUGGGUGACUGCAGCCCCAAUUGCUGUAGACACUUUCUUCUUGCUAAGCGGUUUGCUGAUUGUGUACACUACUGUUGGGAAACUUAGCAAUAUGAAACUUUUGAAGAACCUCCAUCUGUUUUACCUCAAUCGAAUUCUACGAAUGUUUCCUCUACUAGCCAGUACCAUAUUACUGCAAGUUGGCGUUUUUCAUUAUAUUCAUGACGGUCCAAACUGGCACGCAGUAGCUGAAGUGACACGAGUGUGUAGAUUAAACUGGUGGUCAACUUUGCUUUAUGUGCAAAAUUAUGUACUACCAAUAUGUUUACCUCAUACUUGGUACUUAGCAAUUGAUAUGCAGUUAUAUAUUCUGUCUCCACUGAUUUUAUUCUGGGUAUUAUCUGGGAAAAAGAAUCGUGCCUGGUCGGCUUUGAUUGCUGGAUUAUUAGUUUGUCUCACUGCAUCAACAAUUUAUAACUUCUUGAAUAAUUUUACUGGAACAUUUUUACGACCUGUGUAA